AAGCCGGUUGUGGAGACGUUUUUCGGCUACGAUGAAGAAGCUUCCUUGGAGUCUGAUGGUUCUUCUAUCUCCUACCAAACUGACCGGACAGACCAAACCCCUUGCACUCCUGAAGAUGACUUGGAAGAGGGCAUGGCCAAGGAAGAGACAGAACUGCGGUUUCGGCAGCUGACGAUGGAGUACCAGGCUCUGCAACGAGCGUACGCCCUAUUGCAAGAACAGGUCGGAGGAACAUUGGAUGCAGAACGAGAAGUUAAGACACGUGAGCAGCUCCAAGCAGAAAUACACCGAUCUCAGGCUCAGAUAGAAGACCUGGAGAAGGCCCUUGCUGAGCAGGGACAGGACAUGAAGUGGAUUGAGGAGAAGCAAGCAUUGUAUAGAAGAAAUCAAGAACUGGUAGAAAAGAUCAAACAAAUGGAAGCCGAGGAAGCUCGCUUAAAGCAUGAUGUCCAGGACGUGAAGGAUCAAAACGAGCUCCUGGAGUUCAGGAUCUUGGAGCUUGAAGAGAGAGAAAGGCGAUCGCCUGCCAUCAACUUCCAUCACGGUCCUUUCACGGAGGGGAAGAGCCCUCUCCAAGUCUACUGCGAGGCAGAAGGUGUAACAGACAUAGUAGUAGCAGAGCUGAUGAAAAAAUUGGACAUUUUAGGGGAUAACGCCAAUCUGACCAAUGAAGAGCAAGUAGUUGUCAUACAAGCAAGGACAGUUCUCACCUUGGCUGAAAAGUGGCUACAGCAGAUCGAAGUGACGGAGUCUGCGCUGCAGCAGAAGAUGCUGGACCUGGAGAAUGAAAAGGAGCUGUUCAGCAAGCAGAAGGGCUACCUGGAUGAUGAGCUCGACUUCAGGAAACAGUCCUUGGACCAGGCUCACAAGCAAAUUCUGGAAUUAGAAGCCAUGCUCUAUGAUGCCCUGCAGCAAGAAGCUGGAGCCAAAAUUUCCGAACUUCUUUCAGAAGAGGAAAAAGAGAAACUGAAGACUGCCGUAGAGCAAUGGAAGCGGCAGGUCAUGAGUGAGCUCCGGGAGAGGGACGCCCAAAUCCUGCGGGAAAGGAUGGAGCUCAUUCAGCACGCACAGCAGAGAAUUAAAGAGCUAGAAGAAAGAAUUGAAGGCCAAAAAAGACAAAUAAAAGAGUUAGAGGAAAAGUUUUUAUUUUUGUUUUUAUUUUUCUCUUUAGCUUUCAUUCUUUGGUCAUAG